AUGAAGUUUUAUAAUGGCAUUCAAACUGUUGCAUUAUUCAACAUGCUUUUUGACCUACUUGAACCUUGUUUGCCAUCCAUGGUGUACUGGAGGGGAACAAGAACUGUUUCACCAUCAAAAUACAUCGGGAAUAAAAAAAGGAGAAAUCAAAAAGUGCCCCUGAGAGAUCAGUUUUUGCUUGUCCUUAUGAGAUUGCGGCUGGGUUUGAUGAAUGAGGAUCUGGCAGACAGAUUCAGAAUCUCACCUGGUGUAUGCUCAAAUAUAUUCACCACUUGGAUUAAGAUGCUGGCAUUACUUUAUGGAAAAGCUUUAGUCAGGUGGUUACCUCGAGAUGUCAUUCGAAGCAAUCUCCCUGAUUCUUUUAAAAAGAUAAUUCCGAAAACAAGAUGCAUUAUUGACUGCACUGAUAUAUUCAUGGAGAGGUCCAAGUCAUUACAUGCUCAAGCUAGUACCUGGUCUGAUUACAAAAAGCACAAUACACUGAAGGUACUGGUAGCAAUAUCACCUCAUGGCUAUAUCAUGUUUUUAUCUAGUUGUUAUGGUGGAAGAACAUCUGACCAGUUUAUUUGUUCCAAUAGUGGACUUUAUAAUCUUUUGGAUCCUGGCGAUGAAGUGGCAGACAGGGGAUUUCAGAUCAAAGAGGAUUUACUCCAUUUCUAUUGUUCUUUAAAUGUCCCCCCAGGUGCCAGAGUGAAGUCACAGAUGACUUCCUAUGAGUGCAAAAAGACAAGAAUGGUUGCAAAUUUGAGGAUUCAUGUUGAAAGAGCCAUCAACAGGAUAAAAGAAUUCAAAAUUAUAAAAAACAUUAUGCCAAUAAACAUGUUACCUCUAGCAGAUGGCAUUAUACAAGUGUGUGCUGCUUUAUGCAACAUUCAGCCCCCACUGAUUAAAAUAAAAGAAAUCAAAUGA